ACUGUUUUGAUUUCACAAAUCAGAUCGGCAUUAAAUUUAUUUCAAUUCUUUAGUAUCAACCCACUGAUCUUACUGGCACAUAGUCUACUGUAUUCACACACGGGCGACUACCACCUAACGAGAUCGUUUGAUACUACACGUAUUGGUUUAUUUUUACCUUUUGUUUUUGUUUUUUUAAAAUAGCUCCCCAAAGAGGAGAUUCAAAUACACUGAAUAGGAAAAAAUCCAAUCCUUUUUUUCUUCUUAAUUCCACAAGGACUUACGACGGUUCAACCAAUCUCCAAGUGUAAUCAUCCCAUUGGCAUCUAUAGUACUAGUAUAGAGCAAUCACGAGGCAAGAAGAAAAGGAAAUCAAAUAAAGAGAACAAUCCGAAAAAAUGCCACCGUCAAAAAAUGAUCAGGUAUUGCAAGAUAUCAGGGGUAAGAUUGAGCGUGAAAGGAAGCUCAUUCAAGGGUUUCAGCAGUUGAAGAGGAACACCAACAACACAGAAGUCAUUCAAAGAUGUAACACCCAGAUCAGAGACACCCAAAGCAACAUUGAUUAUCUCCAAGAAACGCUUAGUAAGGUCUCUUUACAACAAUCGGAAGAAAGCAACACGGCUACUUCAUCGCCACGCAAGGAUGUCAGCGUCAGCAAUGGUACAAACUCACGCCCUGUGUACACAAGAUUGGAUCUUAUCAAGUACGAUUGUCCUUCAUUAGGUCACAGGAUUCAAUACAUGCUUCAACAAUUACAAUUUAAACUUCAAGUUGAAAAUCAAUAUCGUGAAGCAAAUGAAAAGAUUUCUCAGCUAUACUUGAUGGAUGGUGAUAAAUCCAGUAGUGUUGCUGCCGAAGGUGGUAGAGUAGAGAGUGACCAAAGAAUCCAACUCUUGAAUAAGUCCUUGAAAAGAUACCAAGAUAUGUACAUUAAUGUUGAAGAAGUCUCAAGGGAUAUGGAAAUAAUGAACACUCCAAAAUAUGCCAGAAAGCUGCUUUCUGGUAAACUUAAUAUUAGUAUCACAUGUAUUAGAGACAUAGACCACAUUGCGUCUCCAGUUUUCCUGAAAAGACCAGAAUCUGUUGUUUCGAUCAAGGUUGAUGACGUGGAAAAGGCUAGAACUCGCCCCUCUAGAUCCGGUAGAUGGAAUGAAGAGUUUGCCAUUGACAUUGACAAGGGGAAUGAAAUUGAAUUGACCGUAUAUGACAAGUCUGGAGCACAUAUGGUCCCUGUUGCAGUGACUUGGGCUUUGGUUUCUGAUAUCACCGAAGAGAUUCGUAAGAAGAAGGUUAACCAAGAAAUGGGUAGCGCUGGUUGGAUUUCAGCUUCUAAUUUGAAUAACCUCAACCCUAAGCAACAAUCUCAACAGAAGCCCAUUGAACUUCCAGAUUCAAACUAUGGUAAUACUCUUAAUGCAGACGGUAGCGAGAGUCAACCAUCUUCAAGUAGUCAAGGCGAUGACAGUGGGAAACAAGUUCUGGUUACUACUUGGUUAAUAUUGGAACCCGUUGGUCAAAUACUUGUGACUAUGAAUUUCGAAAAAUCUACUCACACUGGAGGGAAGCAAUUUAUGGGAGCGCUUGGUCGUCAUGGUGCAAUUCGUCAAAAGAAGGAAGAAGUUUAUGAACAACUUGGCCAUCAAUUUGUUCAAAAGCAAUUCUACAACAUUAUGUGUUGUGCUCUUUGUGGAGAAUUCUUACGUUAUACUGGGUUUCAAUGUCAAGAUUGUAAAUUUCUUUGUCACAAGAAAUGUUAUCAAAAGGUUGUUACUAAAUGUAUUUCAAAAUCUAGUAACGAAAUUGACCCUGAUGAAGCUAAAUUGAACCAUCGUAUCCCUCAUAGAUUUGAACCUGUUCUCAAUAGAGGUACUAAAUGGUGUUGUCAUUGUGGUUAUAUUUUACCAUGGGGUCGUAAGAAUGUACGGAAAUGUACGGAGUGUGGAGUUAUGUGCCAUGCUCAGUGUACUCAUCUUGUUCCCGACUUUUGUGGUAUGUCUAUGGAAAUGGCGAAUAAGGUUCUUUCUGCUAUUAAAACUACUAGAACCCAACCAAAGUCUCCACAAACCAAAUCUUUCGCUACGUUACAACCAACUACCGGCACUUUAGAUUCUCACGCUUUUAAGCCAUCUCUUACAUCAGCUACAUUUGAUGGUACUGGAGAGACCCUCCAUGCUUCAGAUGAUGAUGAAUAUUCUUCAAGAUUGCCAACACAAACGCCUAAUGAACAGCAACAACCAACGGAAGCUCCUCAAAAAACCACCGCCAGAAGACAACCACCACAAGAUCCAUAUCAACAUCAACAUCAACAUCAUCAAUACCAACAUCAAGAACAACACCAGCCACAAGCUCAAGUUCCAAAACAAGAUGAUCAAGACGAAUAUAAUCAACAUAAUUAUACAUUUACUUCAGCCCAGUCUGAAGACUUUUCCAGUCCUGUUGAAAUCCAGCGUAAUAUGUUGGAACCAAUAAAUGAACCUCAACAAGAAUUGCCAACUUCAGGAACCCAUGUUCCUUCCGCCUAUAAUUCGGCAUAUGGCCAUGAAGUCGAACAAGGUCCCCCUGCAGAGAUAAUUUCAAAGCAAGAGGUAGUCCAAGAUCCAAGGUUACAUGGUCAACCUCUGGAGGAAUCUAGUACCUCAUCACCUCAAAGACAUUCAAGACGUCGUCGUAGAAAGGUUGGUUUAGAUGACUUUCAAUUCCUUGCAGUAUUGGGUAAGGGAAAUUUUGGUAAGGUCAUGUUGGCUGAAUCUAGACAUACUCUGAAAUUAUGUGCUAUCAAGGUAUUAAAGAAGGACUUUAUUGUUGAAAAUGAUGAGGCUGAUAGUGUUAAAUCCGAAAAGCGUGUUUUCUUGACAGCUAACAAAGAAAUGCAUCCAUUCUUAUUGAAUUUACAUUGUUGUUUCCAAACAGAAAACAGAAUAUAUUUUGUAAUGGAAUAUAUAUCAGGAGGUGAUUUAAUGUGGCAUAUUCAGAAAUCUCGAUUCUCUGCCAAACGAGCAAAGUUCUACGCCUGUGAAGUUUUACUUGCCUUGAAGUAUUUCCAUGAUAAUGGAAUUGUCUAUCGUGACUUGAAGUUAGAUAACAUUUUAUUGACUACUACGGGACACAUUAAGAUUGCUGAUUAUGGUUUAUGUAAGGAAGAAAUGUGGUACGGUAAGACUACUGGUACUUUCUGUGGUACCCCGGAGUUUAUGGCUCCAGAGAUCAUUGCAGGAAAGCAAUACGACAGAAGCGUCGAUUGGUGGGCGUUUGGUGUUUUAUUAUUCCAAAUGCUCUUGUGUCAAUCUCCAUUUAAGGGUGAUGAUGAAGAUGAAAUUUUCAAUGCUAUUGAACACGAUGAUGUGAGAUAUCCUAUAAGUAUGCCACGUCAAACUGUCUUAGUUUUACAGGCAUUGUUAACAAAAGACCCCGCUCAUCGUCUCGGUAGUGGCGAAAGAGAUGCCAAGGAAAUUAUGGAACAUUCAUACUUCAGUGAUGUAGAUUUCAAUGAAGUGUUUAAUUGCCAAAUACAGGCGCCAUAUAUCCCUGAAAUUACAUCCGAACACGAUUACUCCAAUUUCGAUAACGAAUUCACCUCAGAAACUCCUCGUUUAACCCCGGUUGAAAUCAAGCUUACCUCCGAAAUGCAAGAGCAAUUUAGAGGAUUCUCUCACAUAUCAAGUGACGCAACAAUUUAAAUUUGCCA